CACACGAGGAUUUGCGAGUGCGCGCAGGCGGGCUUGGCUGCGUGUCUUGUGGUGGAACGGAGGAGCUUGAGGAGAGAGGAGAGAGGAGAGGGGUGCUGGGAGGGGCGAGGAGACUGGGGAUGGGUCUGGCCCUUCUUCCCGUGGUGUGAACGCUCCCCCCCUCCCCGCGCCCCUCCCCCUACGGAGCUCCGCCCCCUCCUCUACGAACCCCCAGAGGGCGGCUCGUGCCCCUAGCUCGUUCGGUCAGUCUGAGUCAGUCAGUCAGUCAGUCAGGACGCGCGGGGCGGGGCUGAGGCCGAGGCCGGGCCGGGCUGCUGAGGAGGGAGGGGAGGAGCUGCCGCCUCCUCGGCCAAGGGGAAGGAGCAUGUCUGCAACUAGAGCCAAGAAAGUGAAGAUGGCCACCAAAUCCUGCCCGGAAUGUGAUCAACAGGUUCCUGUUGCAUGUAAAUCAUGCCCCUGUGGUUAUAUAUUUAUUAGUAGAAAGCUCUUAAAUGCAAAACACUCAGAGAAAUCACCAUCUUCUGCAGAAAAUAAGCAUGAUGCCAAGAGGAGACGAACCGAGAGAGUUAGGAGAGAGAAGAUUAAUUCUACAGUAAAUAAAGAUUUAGAAAACAGAAAGAGGUCUCGAAGUAGUAGCCAAUCAGAUCAUAUCCGACGAGGAAGAGGAAGACCUAAAAGUGCAUCUGCCAAAAAACAUGAGGAAGAAAGAGAGAGACAGGAAAAGGAAGUUGACAUCUAUGCUAACCUUUCUGAUGAAAAGGCUUUCGUAUUUUCAGUCGCCUUGGCAGAAAUAAAUAGAAAAAUUAUCAAUCAAAGACUUAUUCUCUAAUACUUGUCUGCAGAAUUGCUGGAACUUUCUUCAGGACUACAUCAACAAAUUCUUAAGGACUCUCAGGAGUACUCUGCCUGCAUCUACAAAGGCCAUUGAUUCUUUCCUCCCCUCCCCCCUACCCUUUUAUCCUUCACAUCAUUUAGCCUGUGCAACACUUUUGGAGCAGAGUUGUAGACUUGGACUUUCCUGUGUCUCUCUUGUUUACCAAGAAACAGUGUCAGUGUUUCAUGUCUGGAAUAUGUGACUACAUUUGGUCUUUCGAAAAUAUAUGCUGGAUGAACGCAAAGGGGGAGAGAAGUGAGGGAAGAGCAGGGAAAUAAAAUGCUUGAUAGCAUUUAGAUUUGCCACCAGAAAUGAAAUAUUUUAAAUACUUUCAGAGAAGAGUGAUUUUGCUUUUUAAAAUAUAUUUCAGAUUUUUCAGCUCUAACAGUUUACAUAUGUACAGUUCAUCUAACCUUUAAUAAAUUGGUAAUUGUUAUUUUAUUGAACUGAGUAUUAAGAGAAUAUAUAAUGUAAUUUUUCUCUUAAAGUAAGGUUUGUUUUUGGCCUUUUAUUUUUAUGGUUGAAAGUCUAGGGUCUAGUUUGUAUCCUGGUGAUGCUUCUAGACAGCUAGUUGAGAAGUUGGGUGAUACUUGAAGAUAAUUAUUAAGGAUAUGUCGUACAAUUCAGAAAUACCACCAUGUUCUCUUGAGUAUGAUUUAUUUCUUGGUUGAACAAAAGUUUUUUGUUUUUCUGCUCUCAAGUUGGUGCCUGUUAACCUAAAUAUAAAUUAUAUUUAUUAUAGACAAAAUGUUUCAUGGUUAUUCAUUUUUAAGCAGUAAUGUUUUGUCUGGAUGGAUUUAUAUCCAGUAUCCUCAAAAUGAUUAAAAUGUAACAACCUCAUUCUCUGGAAAUGACUCUUAAGGUAAAACUAAGAACAUAGUUUUUAUUAAUAAUAUUGGUCAGCCUUUUGUUCUAGUGAAGAUUGUCAUAUGUAUUUUCAUUUCUUAUGUUUUUGCGAUGUGUGAAAUGUUAAAUUGUUAUAGCUUAUCUAUUUUGC